AUGGACCUCCAUUGGUGUUUCUUCUUUGUUUUCAUGUUUAUCAGCUACCCCAACCUCAUUUUAUCUGAUCAAAAUGGUUUUUGGAGUUUAUCUUGUGGAGGAGCUACAAAUUUUGUCGAUUCCGCCAACAUUUCAUGGGUAUCGGACAACGAAUAUAUCACCAAAGGCAACACUACAACAGUUGAUUUCAACACCUCUCUUCGGUUUUUCCCAGACCCCGGAAAUCGAAAGUGCUAUAAGCUACCGAUGAACUACACAACAUCCUCCUCAUCCUUGAUCCUUGUUCGAGCCAAUUUCGUGUAUAAAAACUAUGACGGGCUUGAACAACCACCAUUAUUCUCGGUUUCUCUAGGAACAGCAGUUGCUGCUUUCAUCAACCUAUCUUUUAAAGAUCCGUGGAUAGAAGAGUUCAUAUGGCAACAGGACAACAAAGAUACUCUUCCGUUAUGCCUAAACUCUAUUCCGAAUGGUGGGUUUCCCGUCAUUUCUUCCAUAGAAAUUCGACCGAUCCCUCAAGGAGGUUACUACAGUGGGAUGGAUGAUUUCACUAACAAGUUGCUUCAAAAGCGCUACCGCAUCAACUGUGGUUACACUAAUGGAUCAAUCAGGUACCCUUUGGAUCAAUAUGAUAGGAUAUGGGAUCCUGAUCAAGAUUUUUCGCCUUUUCAUACGUCGACUGGAUUCAAGACCCUGGGUACCUUUAAUACUUGGGGUCUCAAAGAAAGCCCUCCUCAACCAAUUCUUCAAACGGGUAGAGUUUUGGCGAGGAGGGAAGGGUUGAGUUACAAUUUCGCCCUCAAGAAUCUUGGAGAUUAUUAUGUUGUUCUAUAUUUUGCCGGGAUUCUUCCGGUUUCGCCUACGUUUGAUGUCUUGAUUAAUGGGGACGUUGUGGAAUCAAACUAUAGUGUAAAAAGCUGGGAAGUUGGUAGCUUAUAUUUCUUACAGAAAGGAAUUAAGAGCUUGAAUAUUACUUUCAAAGAUAUUAGCUUCUACCCUAUUGUAAAUGCAAUUGAGGUGUAUGAGAUCAUUAACAUACCUCCGGAAUCCUCCACGACAGUAGUUUCAGCUCUUCAAGUUAUUCGGCAAUCUAUGGGCUUGGAUCUCGAAUGGGAAGAUGAUCCAUGCUCUCCAAUGCCCUGGGAACAUAUACAAUGUGAAGGAAGUUCAAUCACCUCAUUGGAAUUAUUUGACAUCAACUUGAGGUCAAUCAGCCCUACAUUCGGCGACCUGUUCGAUCUAAAAACAUUAGAUUUGCAUAAUACAUCACUUGCAGGAGAAAUAGAGAACCUGGCCAGCUUAAGGAAUCUUGAAUAUCUGAACUUGAGUUUCAAUAAGCUAACAUCAUUUGGCACUGAUCUGGACGGCUUAAUCAACCUUCGUGUUCUGGAUCUGAAAAAUAACAGUUUAGAAGGUUUGGUUCCUGAAAGCUUUGGAGCCAUGAUGAAUCUUCACCUAUUGAGUCUGGAAAACAAUCAAUUACAAGGCACACUCCCGAAGGAAUUGGACAAAGAUAGUCUUGAAAUAAGAACCUCAGGGAAUCUGUGUCUUAGCUUCUCCAUGUCAAAAUGCUAUGAUGCUACAGCCAAUGCUACAAUUGAUGCACCACAAGUCACGGUCUUUAACAAGAAGAAGCAAACACUUCAUAGUCAUUUAGCAGUUGUCCUUGGUGCAGUUGGAGGAGUACUUCUGGUUCUUAUUGUUGUAUCUAUAUUAGUUUUUGUAUACAUAAGGAGAAAAACACCAGAGUUUAAACACAGAGAAAGGAUGAAAGCUGACCUGCAGAUGAGGAACUGGAAUGCAGCAAAAGCCUUCUCUUACAAAGAAAUCAAAGCAGCCACCCGCAACUUCAAGCAGGUUCUAGGCCGUGGUAGCUUUGGAUCAGUCUACCUCGGGAAGCUUCCGGAUGGAAAACUAGCAGCUAUCAAAGUACGGUUUGAUAAAACACAGCUUGGGGCCAAUUCUUUCAUCAAUGAGGUAUCUCUUCUGUCUUCGAUUUGUCACCAAAAUCUUGUAUCAUUGGAAGGAUAUUGUCACGAACCAAAACAGCAAAUAUUGGUUUAUGAAUAUUUACCUGGUGGAUCAUUGGCUGAUAAUAUUUACGGAGCAAACAGCAAAAGAAAAACAUUAAGUUGGGUCUGUAGACUCAAGAUUGCCAUUGAUGCUGCAAAAGGUUUGGACUACCUGCACAAUAGGAGCGAACCACGGAUCAUCCACCGUGACGUGAAGUCCAGCAAUAUACUGCUGGAUGGAGAUUUGAAUGCUAAGGUUUGUGACUUUGGCCUAUCGAAGCAAGUAACUCAGGCAGACGUGAGUCAUGUGACCACUAUGGUGAAGGGCACUGCUGGCUACCUUGAUCCCGAAUACUACGCCACUCAACAAUUGACUGAGAAGAGUGAUGUUUAUAGUUUCGGAGUUGUUCUUUUAGAGCUCAUUUGUGGUAGAGAACCAUUGAGGCGAACUGGAUCACCGGAUUCCUUCAACCUGGUUUUAUGGGCAAAACCGUAUCUACAGGCCGGUGCAUUUGAGAUAGUGGACGAGAGCUUAAAGGAAACAUAUGACGAGGAGAGCAUGAGAAACACAGCUUCAAUUGCUUCCAGGUCUGUAGAUAGUGAUGCAUCACAGAGACCUACUAUUGCUGAAGUACUUGCUGCGCUUAAAGAAGCCUACAGCAUCCAGCUAUCGUAUCUUGCAACUGCUGGUGCUGGACUUUCCACUUGAGAGGCGAGAACAGACUAAGACAGAAAGAUGAAUAUUGUAGAGUUGUAUGUAACAAAUACAUUGAACAUGGAUAAGUGGAGAACCAUGUGUAUUAUUUAUCGGAAAUAUAUCUUAUUAAGCAAUGACAAUUUUCUUUAAA